GAAGGAGGGUUGAGCCGAGUUCCGGGCGUGAAGCGCCGCCUAGGACAGCAGAGCAGCGGCUGGGAGCCUGGGAGGCAGAUCUGCGAUGUUUCGGAUCGAGGGCCUCGCGCCGAAACUGGACCCGGAGGAGAUGAAACGGAAGAUGCGCGAAGACGUGAUCUCUUCCAUACGGAAUUUCCUCAUCUACGUGGCCCUGCUGCGAGUCACUCCUUUUAUUUUAAAGAAAUUGGACAGCAUAUGAAGAUUGGGCAUCCCAUGCAAAUAUAUGAUAUGAAGAACCUGGUUACAGCUUCUGCUCCUGUCUCCACAUGAAUAGGCCCAGAGAGGUGUAAGAGACUCUUUGAUUGAAUGGACAUAAAAAUUUCACUUGUUAAGAACAAGCUUGGGUCUGGUAACUGAACUUCAUAGCUAAAAUACAAACCUAUUUGGGAAGUAUGGAAAGACAUCUUGUGGUCAUAUUGUGCCCUUAUGCCUGUAAUAUUUGGCCUCCAUGAAUGUUGGUGUAAUUGUAAAUAAUGCAUUUUCUAGCAAGUAUUAAUUAUAAGAAAAUUAUGUCUGAAA